AUGACGACCAUUGAACCGUUUGAGGCGACGGAUCUUUUGUAUUUGAACAAUGUGAAUCUGGAUGCGCUGACGGAGAACUUCCCGCUGGAGUUUUAUUUUGAGUACUUGAUUUUGUGGCCGGACCUGUUCUUCAAGAGUGUCGAGUCGACUGUAGACUGCAAGAUCAGCCGCGACAAUAUAUCCGGGUACAUGAUGGCGAAGACCGAGGGGAAGCAGCAAGAGUGGCACAGCCACAUCACGGCGGUCACAGUGGCUCCUGAAUUCCGCAGGAUCUCGCUCGCAUCACGGCUGUGCAACACUCUGGAGUCCAUCACAGACUCGAGUCCGCGGAACGUCAACUUCAUCGACCUGUUUGUCAAAUGUAACAACGCGCUCGCGGUAAGACUGUACGAGAAACUAGGGUACAGCGUCUACAGGAGAGUCGUAGGGUACUACAACGGACCCGAUGACCCGUACCCUGACAGCACCAAAACGAUCAGCGAUGAGAAGGACGCCUUCGACAUGCGCAAAAGCAUGGCCAGAGACAAGGGUAAAAGCACACGCAAGGAUGGCAGAUCGCAGAGGUGUCUACCACAGGACGUCAGGUUCUAA